AUGGCCACAGUGACGUGCACCGCGGAGAUGGAGACUUGCUCCGACCUCGGCGCCCAUGCGAAAGACAUCGCUCCCAGCGAAGCGACGGAGCCCCUGGACGACAAGGAGCGGAUGCCUCCCAUGACAUCCUUGGUGCUUCUCUACUACUUCUUGAUGCUUGGGACCAUCAACGUUGUGAUCACCAUCCCGACGGCAAACGACUACGCGGAGAGGUUGGGCGCGGGUCGGCUGUUCGCUGGGCUGAUGCUUGCCGCGCUUCCGAUCCUGAGCAUUGCCGGGAACUUGUUCAACCAGUGGCUCCUCACUUUCGUGCCCUUAAAGCACAUCUGGAUUGUCUCCACACUCUUCACCGUGCUGGGCUCAGUCCUCUACGCCUUGGCUGGCUUGAUGAGGUUCAGGUGGACUCUUCUCAUUGCCAGAGGCCUCAUGGGCUUCUUCGGAGCCUUCAAUCUGCCGGGCAUCUACAUCGCCCACACCGUGGGCAUUCACCGGCGGAGUGAGAUCCUUUUCUACAUCUCCGCGUGCCUCACCCUGGGCUGUGCAGUGGGUCCUGCCUUGGCCGCGAUGUUGGAGGAGUCCAUGAAGUUCAUCAAGGUUCACAACUUGGUCCUGGAUUCCGACACGGUCCCCGGCUGGUUCAUGGCGGCUGUGUACCUCCUCUUCACCGCCAAGAUGGUGCUCUGCUUCAAGGACCUCCCUCGCAGCGCCCACACUCCGUCCCAGGGCCGCACCUUGCAGAGCCCCAGCAGCCGAAAGUCUCGGCUCAGCCUGGGGAGGGUGGCGGCAGCUUGUGCCUGCUUCUGGCAGCUCUUCGUGACCAGCGGCAUCACAACUGGCGUGGAGAUCUUCACCAUCAACGUGGCCCGGCAAACGCUGGGCUGGUCCACUGCCAGAGCGGCCUGGUUCGUGGCGUUGAUCAUGCUGAUCUCUGGGGUCACGAACCUGAGUGUUGGCAAAGUGAUGAACCGCGUGUGCGGCGAUGUGCCAGGGCUGCUCAUCGGACAGCUUCUCGCCUGCUUCUCCUGCGUGUUCCUGUUCAACUUUGACCUGGCCUCGCCCACUUUGCACGUAACGUUGCUCACCAUUGGCCUGGUGUCGGUCCUGGUCAUCCAGGGCCUUGCCAGGGCCUGGGCCAUGAGCAUCUGCUCGAAGAUUGUGCCCGCGGACAUGGUGAACAGCGUGAUGACACACGCCGCGAUCUUCAUGUCCCUGGGUCGGGGAGGUGGCUCGAUCGUGUGCUCGGUCUUGGACCUGGACUUCUUUGCCCCACUCCUGCUUGGCCUCUUCGCAGUGACCCUCGCGAUGUGCUUUGCGACGCGGAAGUACAUGAAGCCGGAUCUUAAAGCAUGCUAG